CUCGUACUCUGGAGUCACUUCAGUUCGUAGCUCAAGAUGCGUAACUUGAUGGUAUUUUGCUUGCCAUCAGUGGCUCUGUUUGCCUGUGUGAAGAGUGCUUUUCCACCACCAUGUGACAGUGAAAUAUACUGCACUGGGCCCAUCCUGCAUCAGGUACAGACAUUUAAACUGUUUGAUGAUGACAAGUACUUUGUUGACAUGCAGAUGAGGGAACCUCCUGAUGUUGUUUUGUCAGCUUUUCGCAACCUUUCUCAAAGCUUGCCAACCCCGACUGUUCCGCCUGCCCAACUGCGGAAGUUCCUCAGCACAUACUUUAACAAACCAGGUGGAGAGUUUGUCUCAUGGACGCCACCAGACUGGCACGAGAAGCCGAAGUUUCUGGCAGGAAUAGCAGACGAAGAACUACGCAACUGGGCUGAAAACAUACAUAAUCUGUGGAAGUCUCUCGGCAGAAAGAUCCGCACUGAUGUUAAAGAUCACCCAGAGCUCUACUCCCACAUAUACACCCCACAUCCUGUUAUCGUGCCGGGGGGCCGCUUCAGGGAACUCUACUACUGGGACUCCUACUGGGUCAUCAAUGGGCUCCUGCUGUCAGAGAUGACAGACACGGCCUACGGGAUGAUUCAGAACUUCCUCUACCUUGUCAACAGAUAUGGCUUCAUUCCAAACGGUGGGCGGAUUUACUAUGAAAGGCGCAGUCAGCCUCCAUUCCUCACUCUAAUGAUGGAGAGCUACUAUCAAGCAACCAAGGAUAAAGAGUUCCUCAGAGCAGCUUUACCAGCGCUGGAGCAGGAGUACCGAUUCUGGAUGCAGAACCGUUCUGUGGCUGUGACAGUAAAUGGUGCGGAGUACGAACUGAACCGUUAUCAUGUGCAGGUGGGCUUGCCCAGGCCUGAAUCCUACAGUGAUGAUCUGGAAUUAGCUGAAGGACUCACUGCUGAGCGUAAGGAGCAGCUGUGGAUGGAUCUGAAAGCGGGUGCAGAGUCUGGUUGGGACUUUACAUCCCGCUGGUAUAUAGAUGGUGACGGCCACAACAACGGCACCCUCAGAGAGACCCGCACCAGUCAGAUCCUGCCAACUGACCUCAACGCUCUGCUGUGCCUCAAUGAGAAGACUCUUGCUUCAUUUCACAGGAUAUUGGGUAAUGGUGACUCAGCUGCACUGUAUGACCAGGCUGCUGCUCGCAGACUGGAGGCGAUAGAGUCUGUGCUGUGGGAUGCUGAGAGGGGAGCUUGGUUUGACUACAACCUGGUGACGCACUCCAAACACUUUGAGUUUUACCCCUCCAACCUGGCACCUGUUUGGGCACAGUGCUAUUCUCGGCCUGAGAUGGGAGAGAAGGCAGUACAGUAUCUGAAGGGCAGUGGUGCUCUCGAGUUCCCCAAUGGAGUUCCAACGUCGCUGAGAGAGUCUGGGCAGCAGUGGGACUAUCCUAACGCAUGGCCCCCCCUGCAGCACAUGCUCAUCGAUGGUUUAUCCAAACUGCCUUCAGCAGAUGCUAAACAACUAGCAUUUGAUUUGGCCCAACGUUGGAUCAAGACCAACUGGGUGGCAUACCAGAAGUAUAAAGCCAUGUUUGAAAAGUAUGAUGUGAACGGAGAUGGCAAACCCGGUGGUGGAGGAGAAUAUGAAGUUCAGCUGGGUUUUGGUUGGACCAAUGGCGUGGCCCUGCAGCUCCUGGACCAGUAUGGUGCGACUCUCACCUCAGGUAGCAGUCGUGUGUCUUCCUGCCUCCUGCUGCCUCUGGUCAUCUCAGCUCUCAUGCUGCAGUGAAUCAGAGGUGACAAAAAUGCAUCAUUCCUGGUUUCACUGCACUAAAUCACUCCAGUCCACUGACAGACUUCAGACAAACACCAAUUGACAUACAAAAAUAGACUAAAUUGUGCCUAUUUGAACAUGUUUUGAUAUUUUGCUAAAUCCUAUAUAAUCAGAUGAUGUUUAUUUGCAAAAGGAACAGGAUAUGAUUUAUCAUAACUAAGAAUUCCCUCUAUGAAUAUUUUAGUAUUUAUCCUCAGAGGUAAAUUAUCUCUGGCAAUAUCAGAGGAUGCAGAUCAUGUAGGCACUUCUGGACUCUCUCCAGUAAUGCCGGCUGCUUGUUGCUGCUUGGAUCACAACAUUAACUUGUCUCAGAUAUUGAACUGACAUUACAGACAGUCAUUCACCUAAUUCAAUUAUAAGGUUUAUUGCUGAACUGUAGCUGAGGCCUUCUAUUUAUCUAUCUAUUUGCAUGCGAACUGAAGCUGUAAAUGAAAAGAUGUAAACGACCUCAUGUGAGAAACAAAAUGUGAAGUGAAUGCAUUAAUGUUUAAAACAUAGCACUACUUAUUAUAUCUGACUUCAAGACUCUUUUAUUCAAAUUUUAGAAGUCAACCAAGGAAUUUUAAAUGACAAUGUAGCAUUUUCAAUAAACUUGCAAGGAUUCA